ACUCCGACUGACACGCACUCAAAGAACGCGGAGCCGUGCAAGCAGUAGCCGAAAGUCGCAAAUUGAAAUCAUGCAAACAAAAGUGAUGGUGCCCAUUUUUGUGGCAUUUGUCAUGGCUGUGGCGGACAUCUCAGAGGUCAAGGCUGAGGAAUUCGUGGUUUGCCCCGUCGUGGACGACAAGGGAGACAACGUCACCCUGCUGCCAAACCUGUACGACUGCUCCACGUUCUACAUGUGUUCUCAGGGUGUCCCGACGCUGACCGAGUGUCCUCAUAACCUGCACUUCAACCGCAAGCUGAACGUGUGCGACUUUCCAUGGCACGCGGCCUGCAUCGAGCUCCCUCCCUUGGAACCCAAGCUGUCGACGACCACUGAAGCCCCCGUGGCCACCGAGAGAAUUGUCAUCACGAAAACUGUCAAGGAGGUCUACAGGCCCGUCGACGAAGAAGCACCUGUAUUGUAGAAAAUAAAACUCUGGUUAAGGGACAUGAAAUAACAUC